CUUCAAUCAUCUAGUUAACCACGCAGUGGCAGCACAGUGAAGAUGAAAUUAUUCGCGAUACUCAGCAUUUCGCUGGUAGCCAGCCAAAUAGUUAACGCCGAUGUUAGUCAUUUGCUCAACAAUAAAUAUUUACCACCAAGCCGACAUGAUGCUACAGAAAACACCGCAAUUGCACCCUACCAACCACCGGUACAACAACAACAUGAACAACAACCACAACACCCACAAAGAAGUUUUCUACCGAGUGGUAUUGAAAUCACUAGAUCCAUACCCAUUGCAAGUUUCUCGGUAAGCCAAACUAUCCCAAUCCAACAGGGACAAUCAAAUGGCCAAAAAGGAGCUGGUACGUACAAUAACCAAGCCCCGCAGAGCAACUAUCGAGCACCACAAAAUAAUUACCAGACGCCUCAGAUUAACUACCAGUCCCAGCCUCAGCCACAAUCAGUUCGACUACAACAUGUUGGGCAACAAAAUGAUGGAUCUUACAAAUAUGGCUCACCAGCGCCUGCUCCAGUAGAAGAAUAUCACACUUCACCAGCCCCAGUACAGCAAACGUAUGCUUCAUCCACCUCUGCUCGCGCCCCAGUAGAACAAUAUCACGGUUCGCCUGCCCCAGCUCCCGCUCCAAUAGAAGAAUAUCACGCUUCACCUGCCCCAGCUGAAGCUCCACUACAGAAAUCUUAUGCGCCAUCCAUCUCAGCUCGCGCUCCUGCAGAACAAUAUCACGGCUCGCCAGCACCGGCACCUCACUAUCACGAAACUCAACAAAACGAUGGAUCUUACAAUUAUGGCUCCCCGGUCACAGCACCAGCACCAGCUCCAGUGGAGCAAUCUUAUGGAACUCCCGUUCAAGCGCUUACAGCAGCUCCAGCACCGGCACCUUACCAUCAUGAAGCUCAACGAAAUGAUGGAUCUUACAAUUACGCUUCGCAACCUCCAGCCCCAGUACAACAAUCUUACGUUUCGUCGGCCCCAGCUCCAGCACCAGCACCACACUAUCACCAAGCCCAACCAAAUGAUGGAUCUUACAAUUAUGGAUCGCCUGCACCAGCUCCAGCUCCCGUAGAACAAUUACUUUCAGAACCAGCGCCAGGUCCAGCUGCACACCAUCAUGAAGCUCAACAAAAUGAUGGCUCCUAUAAUUAUGGAUCCCCAGCACCAGCAGGAACGCCUCUCCAACAAUACAUUUCCCCUAUUCAGUUCUCUGCCCCUAGCUCAUCUUAUUCAGGUGGUGGUCAACAGAGCUAUUCAGCACCAACUGUACCAAACUAUUCGGCACCUCCUCAGCAAUCUUAUUCACCCCCUCCUACGCCAUCUAACGAAUAUUUGCCACCAUCAUCGGAACCUUCUCUUCCAGCUGCACCUGCCCCUGUACAGGAGAACUAUUCAGCCCCAGCUCCAGGGCCAGAAUCUCAAUCGUACUCAGCACCAGCUGCUGCUCCACAACCAGCUAAUGAAUACUUACCACCAGCACCUCAGCCGCGUAGCUACAGUGGACCCGCUUCACAAUCUCAUUCCGUACCUGCUCAACGAAAAUACUCACCAGCUCCCCAAGUAUCUAACGUAUACACUCCACCAGCAACAGCACCAGCCCCUAAGUUGCAUUCAGCUCCUCAGCAGUUUGGUCCUAGCACAUCUCCACAUGUACACGAACAUCAUCAUUCUGGAGUCGGCGACCUUAGCCAAACUGUAGUGCAAACUGCGUCAGGCUAUCAUGAAAAACCAGUAUCUGCACCAGCUCAUGCUGAGCACCAACCUCAGUUGGAGCCGCAAUAUAACCGAAAUACAGGCUCAUAUAACCAUGGUAGCGAAGCUCCAGCUCAGCAAAAUUAUGCAGCACCUGCUCCACCUCAAGAGAGUUUUGCAGCUCCCGCUCCUGCACCAGUUUCUGAAUAUUUGCCACCCCAACAGUCAUACUCAGGUCCAGCGCCAGCGCAACAAUCCUAUUCAAGUCCAGCCCAGCAGUCGCAUAUAGCUCUCGCUCCUGCGCCAGCACCACAAGCAAUUUUCACUCCAGCUCACGGAAGUAAUGAUUACUCCUCUCCAUCUCAAGCUCCGAAUGGUCCUACUUACUCAGGCCCCGUCCAACAACAAUCGUACUCAACACCUGCUGCUCCUGCUCAGGCAUCUUACUCAGGGCCAGCACAAGAGUCAUACUCUGCACAAGCUCCAGCGGCACCAGCUCCUGUCAGCAAUGAAUAUUUGCCACCAGCUCCAGUAAAACAAUCUUAUGCUGCACCAGCGCCAGCCACAGCACCUGCUCCGGUUAAUCAUCAAUCAUUUUCGGCUCCAGCACCAGCUCCAAUUAGCCAACAGCAGUAUACAGCUUCAUUCCCAGUGCCUCACCAGCAAUCCUACGCUGCUCCUGCUCCAGUUAGCAAUGAAUAUCUUCCACCAUCACAUGCCCCAGCUGCACCAUCGUAUCCAGCAUCUGCUGCGCCAUCGUAUCCAGCACCUGCUGCUCCAUCGUAUCCAGCACCUGCUGCGCCAUCGUAUCCAGCACCAGUUGCGCCGUCACACUCCGCUCCGGCUUCACCAUCAUACUCUGCACCAGUAGCUCCUUCUCAUGCGGCUCCAGCGCCUCCUCCAUCUUACUCCGCCCCAGCGCCUGCUUCUCAGUCCUACGCUGCCCCAGCUCCACAGAAUCCAACUGCCAGUCAACAAUAUUUACCACCAGUACAACAAAGCUACUCAGCUCCUGCACCAGCUCCGGCACCAGUGCAACACAGCAGUCAUUCUGGUGAUGCCAUUCUAAGUCGAUCCGUUGAGCGAAGCUCAUCUGGCUAUCAAUCGGGGAGUAAUGAUCAAAGCCACUCGUCCCACUUUGAAGCUCCCGCUGCUCCAGUAGUUUCUACACACACUGGCCCAAGCUUUCCAUCUACGGCGCAAGCGGCGGCAGUGAGCCACUCAGAUUCCGGCACCGAGUACGGUAGCAAUGGCGGCUACGUCUAUAGAAAAAAAUUCUUUGCCGCCAUCGCUUUCGCCGUUAUUGCCAGCGUUGCUGCUGAUGUCAGCCACCUGAGCAACACCUAUCUGCCACCAUCGGGCGCAGCUAGCUCCAUCUCAUCGGAGUACCUGCCUCCAGCUGCCAGCACACAGCAUGCCAGUUACUCUGAACCCAGCUACUCGGUAGCUGCUUCGGCCCCAAGUGUUUCAUAUGCUGCACCAGCUCGUUCAGUGUCAUACUCAGCUCCAGCACCAAGCUACUCUGCUGCCGCUUCAGCACCAAGUGUGUCGUACGCUGCACCAGCACCAGCACGUUCUGUCUCAUACUCUGCACCUAGCUACUCGGCUCCAAGCUACUCCGCCGCCGCUUCAGCUCCAAGUGUAUCGUACGCUGCACCAGCUCGUUCCGCCUCAUACUCAGCUCCUAGCUAUUCCGCCGCUGCUUCUGCCCCAAGAGUAUCGUACGCUGCUCCAGCUCGUUCUGCCUCAUACUCAGCUCCUAGCUACUCUGCCGCUGCUUCUGCCCCAAGUGUAUCGUAUGCUGCUCCAGCUCGUUCUGCCUCAUACUCAGCUCCAAGCUACUCGGCUCCAAGCUACUCUGCCGCCGCCUCAGCCCCAAGUGUAUCAUAUGCUGCUCCAGCUCGUUCCGCCUCAUACUCAGCUCCAAGCUACUCGGCUCCAAGCUACUCCGCCGCUGCUUCUGCUCCAAGUGUAUCGUAUGCUGCUCCAGCCCGUUCCGUCUCAUACUCCGCUCCAAGCUACUCCGCCGCUGCUUCUGCUCCAAGUGUGUCUUACGCUGCACCAGCUCGCUCCGCCUCAUACUCAGCUCCUAGCUACUCGGCUCCAAGCUACUCUGCCGCUGCUUCUGCUCCAAGUGUGUCAUACGCUGCUCCAGCUCGUUCCGCCUCAUACUCCGCACCUAGCUACUCUGCUCCAAGCUACUCUGCCGCUGCUUCUGCUCCAUCCGUAUCCUACUCCGCUCCUGCUGCUUCCUACUCCGCUCCAGUGGCUGCUGCUUCAGGUAUCGAUACUGCCUAUGCUGCCAACGGUGGCUACAUCUACCGCAAACGUCGUUAAGUUGGCGCACACACUAUUUUAUGUCUAUUUGUAUGUGUUCAGUAGAAAACCGGAAAGAAUUAUACUAAAAACGAAA